AGAGAAAAAAAAGAAAGAAAGAAAACCCAACAAAAAAAGGGAUGUGGAGGCGAUCAUUGCCCUCGCUUUUUAAAAUUCAAUCCAUUUCCGCAUUUCAAGGCACUCCUUCUUCCGCCAUCGCAAAUUCGAAGCGAUCUUGCUCAGAAUGGCUCGACCCACCUGGGUUUUUCUCCAGGCCUUCGCCAUUUUCGGCUUUCUCCAUCUGGGAAUCAGCGUUUCAACUUAUUCGGAUAACCCACUUCUCCAGCAGGAAUUGGAUAGGGUCAUUGAGCUUCCGGGCCAGAAAUUCGAUGUGAACUUCGCGCACUAUUCUGGUUAUAUCACUGUCAAUGAGGAUUCUGGGAGAGCGCUGUUCUACUGGUUUUUUGAGGCUACGGAGGACUCUGCCUCUAAACCUCUUGUUCUAUGGCUUAAUGGAGGACCUGGAUGCUCAUCAAUUGCUUACGGUGAGGCAGAAGAAAUUGGCCCAUUUCACAUUAAUGCUGAUGGGAAAUUCCUUUACUUGAACCCUUAUUCUUGGAAUGAAGUUGCCAACGUUAUAUUUAUUGAUUCCCCUGUUGGAGUUGGUUUUUCAUAUUCAAACACAUCUUCGGACUUGCUGAAUAAUGGAGAUAAAAGGACUGCUGAGGAUUCUCUAGCUUUCCUAUUGAAGUGGUUCGAACGCUUUCCCCAGUUCAAAGGAAGGGAAUUUUACAUUACAGGCGAGAGCUAUGCGGGACAUUACGUACCUCAGCUAAGCCAAGCUAUUGUAAGGAACAACCUUCUAUUCAAAGAAAAAUCCAUCAAUCUGAAGGGUUAUAUGGUGGGGAAUGCUCUUUUUGAUGAUCAUCAUGAUCAUGUUGGAGUUUUCGAGUUUUUGUGGUCAACUGGUUUGAUUUCUGAUCAGACAUACAAGCAGCUUAAUCUACAAUGUAGAAAUCAAUCUUUUAUACAUUCCUCUGAAUCUUGUGACGAGAUACUAGAUGUUGUUAACAAAGAACUUGGGAAUAUUGACCCUUAUAGCAUCUUCACUCCUCCAUGCUCUGAUGGUUCUUCAAAUCGGCUUUGGAAGCGAAUGCAUAUGGUUGGGCAUGUUGCUGAGCGUUAUGAUCCUUGCACUGAGAAGCACUCGGUCGCAUACUUCAAUCUACCUGAAGUUCAGAAGGCGCUUCAUGUUGAUCCUAAGCAUGCACCAGCAAUGUGGGAAACCUGCAGCGAGCUGAUUAACACUAAUUGGAAGGAUUCUGCUGGCUCUGUGCUGGACAUAUAUCGGGAACUGAUACAUUCAGGACUUCGUAUUUGGGUGUUCAGUGGUGAUACAGAUUCUAUACUCCCAAUCACAUCUACCCGUUAUAGUAUUGACGCCCUUGAGCUUCCACAAACAGGACCUUGGCAUGCUUGGUAUGAUGAUGGCCAGGAAUAUGAUGUUUUCUUAAGGAGGACGACUUCAAUUAUUCUAAAAGAUAAUAAGUCGUUCGAAAAACGUCUCAAAGGCUCAUUGGAGCCCUUGUAUCUAUGUGAAUCCUUAGCUGUGCAUAAUCAUAGUUUUAAAGAGAUUGAAAAAGGACCAUACUUGAUUUAGAGUUACAUACGUUUUAGAGCUCCUUAGAAGCCCUCGCAUUGGGCAUGAACUUGUCACAUAGAGAUCUUGGGAGGAGACCUAAUUUUGGCUAGGUUUAAUGCUUUUAUUUGGACUUCGGUUUCUUCGGACUAUUGUAAUUACCGGGUCUCAUUAUUCUGGAUUGGAGCCACUUUUUGUGUAGUUAGUUUUGGGCUGUUUUUGGCCGAGUAUUUUUUUGUACCACUUGGCUUGUUCUUUGA